AAUCUGGUCCUCCGUCUUGCUCAGGGUCUCUCUUGUUCAGCCCCCCCUGUAGUCUCACCUUUCAAUGGCCACAAACGAUCCUUGGGGCGAAUUUGAGACCUUGCGCCAUUGGAUUAAGCAAAACACCGUUGACAGACUCAAGGCAAUCAUUAACGGAUUCCAAGACGAAUGUUCCUCAAACAUUGCCAAGGGUGGUAGAAAACAGGAGCUCAUAGACCGCAUCACACAGCAGAUGGACUUCUGGAGACAGACCAAUAAUGUUGAAAGGUGGAUAAAGGGGCGAGCGGUCUUGCAUCAGGUCCGCACUUCUGGAAUUUAUAAUCAUAGACACUCUAUGCCAGGUCCCAGCGGAAAUGUUUACACCGCGAAUGUGCAAAAUGGCUUUCGUCCUAGCACUUCUACUGUCACACGAUUCGAUACUUACGCACCUCCCCGUCAAGUUUCUACUUCGUCGUCUGUAGGCGCCUCUGCAUCUCAAUCAUCCAGACCUACAAUGAAAUUUCGACCUUCUCCAUUUUUUCGAGUAGAUCAAGCGAUAUCUAACAUCAUCGAGUGUCCUGAAUCUCUGAAUUCCACCGACCGCAAGCAACAGAGCGCAACGUUCACGCUGAACCCCGAUCAUGUCCAGAAGCUAUCUUCCCUGAGCCCGAAGUACCAGCUCCGCUUGUUCUGUACUUCUUCUACUUUCUACUCUUCGGGACCAGCUUUCCGCGCGCAGAAUGAAGCCCUCCCGAUAGAAUUUCCACCUACUUGCGAAGUUCGCGUCAAUAAUGUACAGUUGCAGGCGAACCUGAAAGGCUUGAAGAAGAAGCCUGGCACUGCUCCUCCAGCUGACCUUGGAAGGAGCGUGAAGCACACUGGACCCAAUCGUGUGGAGAUGGUUUACGUAAACAGUCAACAACCUAUCCAACCAAAGAGGUACUAUCUGAUCAUAAUGCUGGUGGAGGUGGCCAGUGUUGAUCAACUCGUUGAGAGAUUGAUGCAAAAUAAGUAUCGCACUCAAGAGGAAAUCAUGGAUCAACUGUCCAAAGUGGCCUCACAAGAUGAUGAUAUUGUUGCUGGACCUCAGAGAAUGUCUUUGAAAUGUCCCCUCAGUUUUAUGCGGGUGAAUUCACCAUGUCGCUCCAUAUUGUGUGUUCAUCCGCAAUGCUUUGACGCAACAUCAUGGUUUUCUAUGAUGGAACAGACGACGACUUGGCUUUGCCCCGUCUGUGAGAGGGUGCUUAACUAUGAAGAUUUGAUCAUUGACGGAUACUUUGAUCAUAUUUUGAGGAGCACCCCAGAGAGCGUCGAGGAUGUGAUGGUGGAAUCGGAUGGGCAAUGGCAUACCAGCGACAACAAGUACGCGUCAGACGCAUGGAGAGUUACUCACCCCCUUGCUGUUCAGUCAUCACCUGCGCGGGCACCAUCUCCGUCUGCUUCUGUCGACGAAGAGCUUGAGGCUAAGAGGAACAUCAAACAGCAGCAACAGCAGCAGCAGCAGCAGAGGCAAAAUAUCGAGGUGAUGGUUCUGGAUUCGGACGACGAAGACGAAGGACGCGUGAAACGAGAGCUAUCAGUAUCGCACGGCAGUUCGGCUUCAGCUUCCCGGCCCUAUGUCAUCAACAGCUCUCCGCAAGCGCCAUCAACUAGAGCUUCUGCCCAAAACGAUGUCAUCGACUUAACCGUCGAGUCCGACGAUGAAAGUCCACCCCAGCCUUCUAUCGGUACGAAAAGAUCUGCUCCAGACCAUGCCAACUCCCCAACAGAAGGCAUAUGGAAAAAGUCACGAUUGGGCUCUAUCCCGCCAGCAACAGGACCAUCACUGCGGCUAGCCGAACCAGGCCAGGCCACAGGACCAUCCAACAGUCUAGUAACCUCACCUAAUGCCCACCGUCCUCCAUUCCAGAUCGAUGGUAUGCAGUAUAGGCCUCAUGCUGGCCAAGCGGGAAGGGAUGCGCCCGCUAGAAGAUACGAUGGGCCAACUGCCCCUUACCCUCCUUACGCGACUUCAUCACCUCAUGAAGGAGGGCCGAUGUAUCCUCCAAUACCAACACGACCUUCUUAUUCCCACCCGACGUCGCGUUCUGGACUAUCAUGAUGUAAUUUUCCCCGUUUUGUCAAUUGAGAUAUUUUACACGCUAUGUAGUAUGUUGUAGUACGUAUCGGUGUAUAUGGGCCUUUAGGUAGUCGUAGGUAAUUGACAUAAUAAACCG